ACACAAGAUGUAUGCCAUUUUAUUGAGCUGUGUAGCAAUGAUUCUACAGUUAUUUCCGCCUGUUGUACCAUCAUCAAGUCCUGUCUCAAUUACAAGGGAAGUUGGCGAUGACGUGGUGUUGAUGUUUAAUACCAGUACAAACAUACUAGAUGUAUGAUGGGGAAUAAGAGAUGGUGACACUAGUAAAUUUAAACUAGUGCUCAUAGCAAAUGACAUAUUCUCUGGUGUACAGUUAAACCCCAAUCUCAAUUCAACAAAUUAUGCAGGAAGAAUCAGUUUUAUUGGUGAUCUUUCAAAGGGUCAGGCUUGGAUCAAGAUCAUGAGCCUGAACAUCAACGACACCAAUCAGUACAUGGCAAGGCUCUUCGCACAGGGAGGAACACCAGGCCAAUACAACUACAUAUUUACAAAACUGAUUGUAACAAAACGAGUACUUAUAUCCAGUCCUGGACCACUGACAAGAGAAGUGGGACAAGACGUGGUGUUCGUGGUCAACAGUACAGCAAUGUCAGAAGCCACAUGGGGAGUACGACUUGGUGACACAAAUGACCUGAAAAUCACUUUUGACCGCGUAUUUAACCCUGGUGGUGCAUUUCCAGACACCAAGAUCAAUUCAACAAGUUACGCAGGAAGAGUCAGUUUUGUUGGUGAUCUGACAAAGGGUCAGGCUUGGUUCAAGAUCACAAACCUGAACAUCAAUGACACCAAUAAUUAUAUGGCAAAGAUCAGGGUUCGUGGUACAUCGUUCUACAAAUACAUACCUGCACAAUUAACAGUCAUUAAACCACCAGUAACUACAGAGCCUCUAAAGACAUCAACCAAAGAACUCACCACCGGAGUUUCAAGUUCACAAACCUCUCCUCGGCCGACAACAUCACAAGUGCCUCAACUUUCAAACCGAAGCAUGUCAAUCAAUGUGGUUAAGGACGUUGUUGGAGAUUUUAGUGAUUCCAACUCUGCUGCUUUCAAACAAUUCAGCGAAAACUUUGUUUCUGAGAUCAACUCUGUCUAUAAAAAUAUCCAUAUAUUUGAGAAAGCCAAGGUCACUAGUCUCAGUGAGAACAUCAUUCCUGUGAAGUUUGUCGUUUACUUCAAGAGCACAAUAAAACCAGAUGAAAUUUGCGGUCCACUCAAAGAUGCAGUAAAAGACAAUAGACUUGGAAGUCUCAAGAUAGUACCUGGUUCAUUAGGAUGCUCUAAUGAUCCCAACACAAGUUUUCCCAAGAAGCAAUCAAAUUCUGCUAGCACUUGCACGUCAAUCAUCGUGGCAUGUGUUACUGUMAACAUAUUCCUGAUUCUGGUUGUAGUGUUUCUACUUAUCUAYAUUUGGAGAUUACGAUUAAAUACUGAAAAAAGAGCAGGAAUAAGAAACUCAUCAAGCAUACAAGACAAGAACCCUGAAGCUAAUGAGAAUGUCCAUCCAAUGGAAGACACCUCACAAGGCAUGACAACAAAAACAGCUCGAACGCCAAAUGCUGAAAAGGAGCUUUAUGAAACGAUAAAUGAAAACAGAGUCAAAAACAAUGUUGCAAUAGCAACAACUGUGAAACAUACGAGUGGGCCUUCUGUCGGCGUCCAAGGUGACGCACCUUCAUUCCCGCAACAUUACCAAGAGCUUCAAAGAAAGGCACCUAAUCCGACCCCGCUGUAUGAGCCUCUCAAGCAGCAAGGGGUUAGUAACAAAGAAGAGCUGGCUUCAGAAGGUCCAAAAACAUACGAACAACUACAGCAGAGUGCAUCAGGAAGAGAAUACCAGUCAUUGAAGAGUCAUAAGGAUACCGAGAGUAAAGUGUGACGCAAUAUCUCUACAGUUUAAAUAAUUCUUCAAAAGCUACUAAAUAAACAAAUCUACUCGAGUUUUGAUAUUGAAAUUGCUGCAGCGCUACCACGUGUCAACAUCAAUUUCUAGCUGGCUUUAUUUUCUAAUCAUUCAAAGGUAAAAAUGCUGCAACUGAAUGGGAAUACAUAUUCUUAAUACAUAUUYUUAAUUCUUAAUGAWUURCGCCAC